AUGGCACAGUCAAAGAUAGGUGUUAUAGAAGAUGGGGAAUUUGCCUUGAGAUUAACUACCACUAAAAUGAGUGAUUCUAAAUUUACUUACAUGAAUUUUGAGGAAUGCAGUUCUUCUGAUGAAAAUCAGGAAGACUCUUUUAUUUUUGAUGAAGAUUCUUUUGCGAAUGCUCUUACAAGUGCUCGUCUUUUAUUGAAGAAAGAAAAUGAAGAUUAUAACAAUGAUGAUAAUUAUGAAAAUGAUGAAUAUAUCAACGAAAAUAACGAUGAAUAUAAUAAUAAAAAUAAUAAUGAGAAUAAUGACGACAAUGAAGAUAUAUAUAUAAGAAUAGCAAAUACCUCUACUCAAAGUUCGCUUUUAACGCCAUGUGCUGUUUUAGACAUUUUUGAAGGCAAUAUAAGGCGUUGUGGUGGUAAAACAAAUUUGUGGGCAUUGAAACAAAUGAUAGGAACAUGGGAGAUAGAUGGAGAUGCUAUCAAAGAAAUUAAAAAUAGCUAUCACCAACUUGGAGUAUGUUUUUCUCAUUUUACCUUUGAUCAAAACCGACUUCAUACUGAAGCAGGAAGGUGGUUAUUUGUACGAAAAACAGGUAUCGGUGGAAAAAUUUUAUCAUGUAAGGAAGCAGAAAAACACCAUAACGACACAAGCAAUGCUCUAAAAUAUAUUGGAAAAUGGAUAAUGUCAGUAGCAGAAUCAGAUGAUCAAAUUUUGCAAGAGAGACUUCUUUCAUUAGUAACUUCAGCAUUAACCAUUUUCAAUAAUGAACUAAUGAGUAAAAACUUAACCUCAACAGAAAAAGAGCCGGAAAAAUUGCCAAGCAAGUUACUUGUUCUAAUGGCAUUGAAAAUGAGAAAAGCUUCAAUAGUAGGAGAAAAUUUAGGAAAAAACAUUUUGUCUUUGUAUUCUGAAAUUCAGAAAAAUAUUAGCCAGUUAGAGAAACCGAGUUUUUAUGAAGACUACUUCAAUGCAUUGCCUAAAACAAUUUCACGUGUUAUAUCUUACACUAAGCGGCAUGAAAACCGUCUUGAAAAUUUUAGAAUGCAUCAUGCUAACCCUCGAGAAAAUCUAAUUAAAAAAUUAAACAUUUGGAAUCUUUCUGCGAUUAACAAUAUCGACUUUAAGGCUUCUACAUUCUUACAAGUCAACAUUUUUGACAUUUUGACCAUGAUGCUGAAGAUUAAGGCAGAUCAAAGUGAAAACAAUCGUUUAUCAACGCUUCUUGCUGAAUAUACUGAUGAUGUUGUGGCAAGUCAAAGUGAUAAAGAGGAUAAAGAGAAAAAAACAAAUAAUCAAGUAGACAGCCUCCCACUAGCAUCAAUUAUUCAAGAAAGUAUUUCAUCAACAUUGCAACAGACGCCAUUACCUUUUGAAACCGAUCAGCUGUCUGAAGCAACAAUUUCAAAUGUGUUGUUGCAACUUAAUGCUGUCUCUUCUGACUGGACGAAUGAGAGAGUCAAAAUAUUUUGGAGGAAUAACCG